AUGACAUUUCAAGGUCCACUCCGCAACCCCAGUCACCAAAACCUAACCUAUAAGUCAAUCGGGUACCGCCAUCGCAGGCGAUCUGGGCCAGGUGGCAGUCUCCUCCUCUCCUCCUCUCCUCCUCUCCCCACCCCCACUCUGUCAUGCUCUGAAGGCCUUGGGCCGGGCGCCGCACCGGUGGUGUUGUACCGGAUCCUCGUCCGUGGCCAAGGUCGGGGCACCUUCCAGCUCGGCAGCCUCCUUCGUAACGGGCGGCUCGAGGCCCAGCCAGGGUGAGUGUUGCGGCGGGUGCGGUUGUCCGACCGAGCAAGGGAAAUGUGGUGAUGCAGCUGUCGGGCUUGUGAACCCGCGAGAUCGAUGUCGGUG